AUGGAAUCUUCUUCACCACACAAAAGCAAUACCAAUAAACACAAUCAACAUUUCUUAACGAAUAACAGGCCUCAAAAACAAAAACUAAUAGAGGCGGCAACCUUGCGUCCAACACGAGAGCAUUCUACCGCUUCGUCCUCUUCUAGCAGUUUUACACAAGCAACUCCUGAUAAUAAUGUAACACCUGAUUCAUUAGCUAGAGAAAAUAUUGACGAGACAGAACCUCUAUUAUCCUCAUCGGACAUUGUUAGAACUUUUGAUAGUGUUUCUGUGAUUCCUCAAGACGCCGAUCCAUUUCUUUUGGUUCAUAUGCGUCGAAAACAACCUCCGCCUCGUCCUAAAUAUGUAAUCUUCCUUUUAAUUUUAGCCUUUAUUGAUUUUAGCAUUAUCAGCACCUGCAUGAUACUAUUAAUCCAUGAGGGUUCUUGGAAUGAGCAUGGGAAAUGGCGUUGGGAUUUAUUAGAAUGGGAUAUAUUGAGUAUGGGCGCUUUGCGCAUCUUUACUGUCAUAUGUGUCGAUUCAUCACUCUGGCUCAGAGAAUUAGGUUGGAUCUUAGGAGGGUUGCUCAAUAUAUAUUAUAUACAAGUCGAAUAUGAUCUAUCAACAUAG